GAAGAGACGUAUGGGCAGUCUGGUACGUGGAGCUGCCACAGGGCUCACCAGGCUGGGGAGACAUACAUGAGGAUUAGUUCUGGGCGCAGGCACAGGACUCACCAGACUGGAGAGACAUACAGGAGGCCCUGUCCUUGGCAGAGGCACCGGAUACACUGGGCCGUGAAGGCGCACUGGAGGUCUCGAGCUUGGAGCCUGCACAAUCCGUCCUGUCUGGGUGGUUCUCUUCACCCUGCAAAUGCGGGGCGCUGGCACAGGGCGCACUGGGCUGUGCAGACGUACCGGAGACACAGUGCGCAGAGCCAGCGCAGGAUUUCCUGGGCUAAGGAGGCGCACCGGGGUCUGGAGAGCAGGGCUGGCACAACCCGUCCUGGCUGGAUGCUCACCCUAGCCCGGCAGAUGCGGGGAGCUGGAAUGUAGCGCACCGGGCUAAGAAAGCAUACUGGAGACACUGUGCGCUCCACCGCAUAACACGAUGCCUGACCAGUACGACGCAAACAUUUUUUGGGGGGCUGCCUCUCGAGCGCCAAAAAAUUCAAAGAAAUCAUCAGAAGUCCACUUAGAGUUAUUCACCAAAUCAGCAGUCCCCAACCUCUUCUCCACCACACCUGACACCACACAUGAAUCCACCAGCAGGUUAGGAUUCACUCUCUCUAAUCUUCUCACUCCAACUGGGCCAGAAUCAUCCUUAUCAUUAUUGGGACGAGGCUCAACCUCGGCUAUCUUCACCACACCUGCCACUACAGGUAAUUCAUCCUGAAUCUUGUCCGAUUCAUUUUCGCCCUCCACCCAAAUGUUGUGAUUUAUCCAAUGUCCUCACUUUGACUUCGGCAUUGUUCCUUCUUCCUCAGUUUCCCUAUCUGUCAUCAGAAAACAUUGCUUUUUUUGUGAGACAACACAUUGAUAUUAAUUGCUGUGUUUUCACACAUGGAUGUCAAUUCAUUUCAAAUGUCCUCCCCUCAGAAUUCUUUUUUUGUGAUUCCAAGUAAAAUAUUGGUAUCUUUUGAAUUUUUAAUAGCUUAAUAUAUAUUUUUGUAGACUUAAAACCUGUUUGGGAUAGGGGGCAGCAUUUUCACGUUUGGAUGAAAAGCAUGCCCAGAGUAAACUGCCUGCUACUCAGUCCCAGUUGCUAAUAUAUGCAUAUUAUUAGUGGAUUUGGAUAGAAAACACUCUGAAGUUUCUAAAACUGUUUGACUGAUGUCUGUGAGUAUAACAGAACUCAUAUGACAGGCGAAAACCUGAGAAAAAUCCAACCAGGAAGUGGGAAAUCUGAGGUAUGUAGGUUUUCAACUUUUGGCCUAUCGAAUACAGUGUCUAUGGGUUCAUUUUGCACUUCCUAAGGCUUACAAUAGAUAUCAAUAGUCUUUAGAACCUUGUUUGAUGCUUCGACUGUGAUGUGGGGCCAAAUGAGAGGGAAUUGAGUAAGGUCUGCCAUGAGCUGAACAUACGCUGACCAUGCGCGUUCACGUGAGAGUGAGCUCUGUUCCAUUGCAUUUCUGAAGACAAAGGAAUUCUCCGGUUGGAGAAUUAAGAUUUAUGUUAAAAAUAUCCUAAAGAUUGAUUCAAUACUUCGUUUGUCAUUUUUCUACGAACUGUAAUAUGACUUUUCGUCUGAACUUUUGCCUGGACCUGCCCGCGCGUCGUGAGUUUAGAUUGUGUGCUGAACGUGCAAACCAAAAGGAGUAAUUUGGACGUAAAUGAUGGACUUUAUGGAACAAAUCAAACAUUUAUUGUGGAACUGGGAUUCCUGGGAGUGCAUUCUGAUGAAGAUCAUCAAAGGUAAGUGAAUAUUUAUAUUGCUAUUUCUGACUUAUGUUGACUCCAACAUGGCAGGUAUCUUCUUGGGUUGUGUUGGUCUCUGAGCACCGUACUCAGAUUAUUGCAUUGUUUGCUUUUUCCAUAAUUUCUUUUUGAAAUCUGACACAGCGGUUGCAUUAAGGAAAAGUAUAUCUUUAAAUCGAUAUCUUUAUCAAUGUUUAUUAUGAGUAUUUCUGUGAUUUGAUGUGGCUCUGUGCAAAUUCACGGGAUGUGUUGAAGGCAAAGCCAAAUGUAAACUGAGGUUUUUGGAUAUAAAUAUGAACUUGAUCGAACAAAACAUACAUGUAUUGUGUAACAUGUUGUCCCGGGAGUGUCAUCUGAUGAAGAAUAUCAAAGGUGCAUCAUGGGACCUUUGAUCCGGCAAGUCUGUUUGUUAACAUUCCUCAUCUUCUUUAAUGCCUGUUCAUCUGUUGCAGAUAUGCAGCUUGUUGUCCCUCCUGACCCUGUAGUUAUCUCUGCUGGUCAUGAUGUCAUCCUUCCCUGUCACCUCUCUCCUCAAACCAGUGCUGUUGACAUGGAAAUCAGGUGGUUUAAGGAAGGAGAAUUCGCUAGCCCUCUGUACCUGUAUGAUGGUGGAAAGGCAACAGAGGGGAAAGGCUAUGAGGGUAGAGUGAGUGUGUUCACUCAGGAGUUGGAGAGUGGCAAUAUAUCACUGCUGCUGAAUAAUGUCAUGGCUUCUGAAAGGGGAAGGUACAAAUGCCAAGCCAGCUACAUGGACUGGAUCCUGGAACUGCCUGUUGUUCUACAGGUUAAACAGCAGGGCAGUGUCCCCAGGAUCUCCAUGAGGAGGCACCACAGAGUGUUCAUCCAGCUCAGUUGCAGCUCAGAGAACUGGUACCCAGAGCCUCACAUGCUGUGGACGGACCACAGUGGGAAGGAGAUCACCUCAGCAGAGACAGAGAGACCCAAACAGAAGGAGGGGGGUGUCCUGUACUCCAUCACCAGUCACAUGAGAAUAGGGAAUGACCAGCUGGAGGGGGUCACAUGUGCGGUGAUGUCAGAGUACCAGGGAACCAAGAUGGAGUCUAAACUGCAGAUGACUGAGGAAUUCUACAUGAGCAGUCUGCCUGACAGGGUGUACAUCUCUGCAUUUAUGAUUCCUGUGUUUCUGGGACUGCUGUGUAUCACUGCAUCUGUGCUCUCCUUAAUCCAUCAGAGACGAGUUGUUCGAGAAAAACUGAAUCCUUUGGACGAUAUGAAUACAAAAUUAAAAGCUAUGGAUCAAGAGCUCAUCAAAAAGACAAAGGAAGUCACUUAUAAGGAUAAGUUAAUGGGAAUUACUGAAACAAUCCCAGACUCUGUUUGGAGCUUGAUGGUUGAUCAUGCAGUGGAUGUGACUUUCGACCCUGACACUGCCCAUCUCAGACUCUCUUUAUCUGACGAUAACAAAUGUCUCAAAUUUGGAGAAUUAAAAGAAAAAAAGGAUUGUGAGAAUUUCAAAGAAAAAAGCAAAGGCACUAAAAACAAGUUUAAAUUUAAUCAAUGUGUCUUGGGAGUGGAAGGAUAUGACAAAGGUACACAUUACUGGGAGGUUGACCUGGGGAAGAAGAGCCAGUGGAGUGUUGGGAUCGCUCAGGACACAGAGAAGAGAGUCAACAUCCAAAUGUAUCCAGACACUGGCUUCUGGAGCAUAUGUUACAAAGAUGGAGAACUGAAAACAGUGGAACAGUCUCCCACUUUCCUUCCCAUUGAACUGAAACCUGAGAAGCUGGGAGUUUUAGUGGACUAUGAAGGGGGACAGGUAACAUUUUUCAAUGUGGAGAAGAGGUGCCACAUCCACUCCUUCAUUAAUGGCAAGUUUACUAAGAAACUCUAUCCGUUCUUUGGUCCUUUGAUUGAUUGUAAAGAGGAUCUCAAAAUCUCACCUGUGGUACAACGAGACAAACCCUCAACCUCUGAGAACUGUUAGUGUAAAUAAUGGAAGAUGAAUAGAAAGGUAUUUCGAUCCCAAAGCUUAUUGUAAUUAUAAUACUAUUAAUAUUAUAAUUUAAAGCUGAAAAUGUAAAUCCUAUAAUGUAGCUUUUACACACGUUAGUUUUAAAGUGUAGAAUAUACACUGAGUGUAUAAAAUAAGAACACCUUCCUAAUGUUGCGGUCAGAACAGCCUCCUUUCAUUCUACAAGGUGUUUACAUGCUUCCCACAGUUGUGUCAAGUUGUCUGGAUGUCUUUUGGGUGGUGGACCAUUCUUGAUAAACACGGGAAACUGUGAGCAUGAAAAACACUGCUGCGCUUCAAUUCUUGACACAAACCGGUGCACUUGGCACCUAUUACCAUUCCCCAUUCAAAGACACUUAAAUAUUUUGUCCUGCCCAUUAACCCUCGAAUGACACACAUACACAAUCAAUUGUCUCAAGGCUUAAAAAUCAUUCUUUAACCUGUCUCCUCCCCUUCAUUUAUACUGACUGAAGUGGAUUUAACAAGUGACAUCAAUAAGGGAUCAUAUCUUUCAGCUGGUCAGGAAAGAGCAGGUCUUCAUGUUUUGUGCACGCAGUGUUAAUCUAUUUCAAUAUGAAGUCUUAGUUGUUUUAAUUACAAUAUGUUUGACAAUAUAGAAUAAUUGACUCACUCACUAUAAUUGUGUUUUUUUGUAAUAUCCUGUUUAAAAAUAUAUUUUCACUCACUGUACUCAAUGUGGUUGUAACGGUCCUGACCUGUUUUCUGUUGUUUUUGUAUGUGUUUAUGGUCAGGGCGUGUGUUUUGGGUGGGCAGUCUAUGUUUUCUGUUUCUAUGUUGGUUUUGGGUUGCCUGGUAUGGCUUUUAAUUAGAGGCAGGUGGUUUGCGUUUUCCUCUAAUUAAGAGUCAUAUUUAGGUAGGGUGUUCUCACUGUUUGUUUGUGGGUGAUUGUCUCCUGUGUCGUCGAAUGUAUGUACCAUACGGGACUGUUUGGCUGUUCGUUUCGUUUUGAUGUAGUCUGUUCCUGUCCGUGAGUUUUACGUUAGUUGCAAGUUCAUGUUCAGGUUUUUCGUCUACGUCGUUUUCUUGUUUUGUAAAUUUGAAAGUGUUUUGUUUCGUGUUGCCAUCGUGUUCAAAUAAAAGAUGGCUUAUUUCCCGAAUGCUGCGUAUUGGUCCACUGAUCCUUCUCUCCUCUCCUCAUCUGAGGAAGAGGAGAACGACAGCCCUUACAGUGGCAAAAUCUGUAAAAGUGUAAACUUUUGUUACAAUAAUAAAAGGCAUUUUAAAAAUUGUCAUGAAUUCAUCAAA